CUCUUCUGCACACUCACUGUUGCUUUUCAGCAGAGAGAAAAUGGUUCUGGUUCGUUACCACCCGAUCUCGUACUAUUCGAGUCUGUGGCGCGAUUAUUACCCCGACUACUCUUACUAUUACUAUCGACCGCUGAGAUGGUACCGCAGUUAUUGGCCUCUCUAUUGGUACUCGACCAGUCUGUGGCCCAGCUGGAGAAGUUACUACCGAUACUUCCUGGACGAUUACUACCCCACCUACAAGUACCGCUCCUCGAAUUGGGCCCUCAAACUGUCCUCCUUCAUUGACGACAUGUGUCUCGAAUCCCGCAAAAGAAGUGCAGAGUUCCGCCUCAAGAACUAUUACUAUUCGCCGCUUGCGUUGACCUACAAAUACCUCUGAACUGGACUCGUUGGCAAAAGUAACAAAUGUGUGUUUCAGGAAAGUUAAAGUUUAACGAAUAUCAAGUUUGGCUUUUGUGAAGGUGUGAAGUUAAUUCAAUAAAAAGAUAAGUAACGAAAA